UAGACUUGCAUAGGUCUGUCGCCAUCUCUGAGAUGAUCACAUCAUCAACUUCACAAUUAUGCCUCUUUAAGCAUGACUGUAAAAUAUCUUUCAAAAGAGGAUGUGACUGCAGCUGUGACGGUGUUAUUUUGAAAGGUAUACUUUUAUUUUGAACUAUAGCAAACGAACGUCAUCACUUCCUUAAGUUAAGGACCGUUACGGCCGUUAGGUGGCGCUCGUGCAUUUGAGAGAGGUAUAAGAAGGACAACUGCUCAAGAGAUGUAAAUGUCACUAUAAAAUGUCUAGACACUGUUAAGAGCAGAGUUUGUAAAGUCGUGACUCCGCCAUUGAUUGAGAAGCAGGCUAAAGUGUUCUACGAUGUUCCAUGACGAAGGGAAAUAAACAUCUGUAAAAGGAACUGGAGUCUAUGGAUCAAUCGAGUGGCGGUACAGUAGAACACUUCUGCAUCGACGAAGACUCGAGUGGAAGACGACAAGUUACAAGCCUCAACGGGAACGAGAGGAGCUGCAUUGAGGUGUUGAGUGAUUUCAACGGACAAGCUACAAGGUUAAACAAGCAAACACACUGAAGAAAGGUGUCUUGGAAGUAACGCAAGUAUUUGCUGGCUGUCAUUAAGUUUAUCACUAAGACAUUUAAUUUGUGCUCUUUCGUUAAUCAGCAGUGGACAUUUUCUCUGCAGUUGGUCACUAAGAAACAAAGUGCUUUAAUUUCUGAGUAUUUAAGUAUUGCUCUUCCAAGUGAGUUUCUCAUAUUAUUGCUCAUUCAAAUAUUUAUGAUAAUGUGUUAUAUGUACAUUAUACACAGGUCAAGUUAGGAGACAAGGAGAUUUACAUUAGCAUAGAUUAGAGAAGUGAAUUCAUUUCAUAAAUACUUCAUCACACCCUACACUGACACAUUUAACAUGCCGUACAAAAAGGAAAAGACCUUUCUGCCAAAUGAAGAGGACACACAUGCAGACAAAAAAAGUGAUACACAGCAGCAGAUGACCCUAUCACAGCACAUGGAUGUAGGUGAGCUCAGUGAAGACACACAAUCUCAGGUUGGUAAGGAUGAUGCACAAAUCCCUCCUGAAACUAAGAAAAUUAGACGCACGCGAAAGCUCACUGAAAAAGGACGUUCUCUGCUAGAUGAUAAAGUGACCAAUCUGAACACAAAAUUUGUGAAGCUGUAUACAAGAUGGAAAUAUCACAUCAAUGGAUUGAAAAGGUCCAUCAAGAGCAAUGAUGCUGAGGACUUGAUUGAUGAGAUCAUAAAUGAAAUCAACACCUUCCAAGUUGACAUUGACAAUACCUACCUUGAGAUAAGAUCAAUUUCAAAUCCUGAAUCUGACAUCCGGAGAAUGAAUGACACAUGCCAAGCACUCACCAAGAUUGCGAAUGUAAAGGCUCAACAUUUUCACAAUGGAUAUGAUUCAAGAGACAUACCAUGGCCUGAUGAUAAAUCAGUGUUUGGAAGCACAGUAGCGUCUAGUGUAUUCUCAGCUCAAACCGCAAAGUCAGUGACUUCUUCCAAAUCAUCUCAACACUCUUCCAUUCUGUUCCUCAAUGCUAAACAAGCAGCAGCUGAAGCUUUGGCUACGCAAAGGGUGAUAAAGAUAGUAAAUGUACAAAAUCAACAAAGGGAAGAAAUUCAAAGACUUGAGGUGGAAGAAAAAGUCUUAAAAGCUGAUAGAGAAGCUAAAGAAAGGGAAUUUGAAGCAGAAAGCGCUAAAAAAAGAGCACAGUUUAUAGCAGAAAGUGCUGAGAGAAAAAUGAGGAUGGAAAAGAAAAGAAGAGAAGUGGAACGACUAGAAGAACUUAAAGGUCAUGUUGCAGCACAAGCAAGACUUCAAGUUUAUUCAGAAUCUCUCCAUCCAUCAGUUGCACUUAACCCUUUAAGUGAACCAUUUUUUCCAUCACAUCAAAUACAAGUCUCCCAUCCUCCUGUAGAACCAGCCAAAGCAAGCCAAGUCCAUCAGCAACAUGAAGUAAAGGUCCCUCUACAGUAUCCCUCUGUGCGCACCUCAUAUUCUGUUGCACAGCCAACCAAGGAAGUUCCAGCCACUAAAGCAGUCAACCUUUCGACCUCUGAUGAAGCUUCCAUUGACCUUGUGAAGACACUUGCUGAAGCAAUCAUAGCUAACCGAGUUCCAAUACCAGAACCUGACAUCUUCAAAGGAGAUCCCCUCAAGUACAAUGAUUGGAAGCUGUCUUUCUGCGCUCUGAUUGAUCGUAAAAACCUUCCAACUCAAGAAAAACUGUUCUUUCUUCGCAAGUAUGUUGGAGGAACUGCUAAGAGAGCUAUUGAAGGCCAUUUCCUUGCAGGAACAGAAACGACUUAUCAUGCUGCCUGGGGCAUACUUGAAGACAGAUUUGGCAAUCCAUUCAUUGUUGCCAAGGCAUACCUGUGGAAUCAGCUAUGCCAUAUGUUCAAGGCCUACAAACACUCAACGACUGUGUAG